AUGUGGUGGAGAGUCUGCAGCUUGCUGAUUUGGUUACCCUUACAAGAGGCGGUCGUCCCGGAGCCGACGGAGCCGACGGAGACGGAGACGGUGACGGUGGAGGAAGGGCAGGCGGCGGCGCUGCGCUGCGCGGGCGCGCGGGCCGGCACCGAGGCGCUGCAGUGGGUAGCCCCGUCGGGGUUCACCAUCUUUCUGAACGAGCGUCCUGCUUUAAAAAGUACCAAAUACCAGCUUCUUCAUUACUCCACCAACCAGCUCUCCAUCAGCCUGCAGAACGCGACCCCGCAGGAUGAAGGCGUGUACAAGUGUUUGCAGUACGGCAACGCCGUGAGAACAAAGGAAGUGAAGGUGACUGUGCUGGCAACUCCUUUCAAGUCGAGCCUGGAAGCUUCAGUCAUCAGAACGCAAAGCGGAGAAGAACAUGUUAUCCUUAGGUGCGCCACCACGAGAAGCAAGCCCCCUCCUCAGAUAACCUGGCUCUUGGGCAACGGCGUGGAGCUCUAUGGUGAAACGUCUCAUCAGUUUGAAGCUGACGGGAAGAAGUGUAACAGCAGCAGCACACUCAGAGUCCACGCACAUGGCAAAGACUCCACCGUGGGCUGCAUCGUCCGACACCCGGGUUUCCAAGGACGGAGGCUGAUAGCAUCUUCCCGGUUUGAAGAUUUGGUGACUGCUCAGAAGACAGCUUCGGGCGUCCUGGAGAACAGCUCUGCGUCCUUGCGAGACCCCGGGCCGUCCAUGAGCACCGUCGCGGUGAUGGAAGAUUUUGGGACGUCGGAGACUGACAAGGAAAAGGAAGAACAAACCACUCCACAACCGGCCUUGACCACUGGCGCAAACCCUCAGUUUCAAGCAUUGAUGAAGACGCAAAGUGGCGUACUGCUGCUCUCUCUUGUGUCCAUCCUCCUUUUCAUACUCUUCAUCAUCGUCCAGCUCUUCAUCAUGAAGCUUCGGAAAGCACACAUGGUAUGGAAGAAAGAAAAUGAAAUUUCAGAACAUACUCUAGAAAGUUAUAAAUCAAGAUCAAAUAAUGAAGAAACAUCAUCCCAAGAGAAAAAUGGACACACGUCUCGUUCUAGGAGCUGCAUGGACUACAUCACACAGCUGUACUCAGAAGCAAAAACAAAAAGGAAGGAAAACGCACCGCAUUCAAAAUUAAAUGGACAGCAUGCUGCUCACAUACCAGAGAGCACUGUGUAGUGCCUCCCGCAAGAGAAAACGUGAUUUCAGGGCAACCACAUCGUCCGCUCUGUGGACAGCCUGUGGGAAGCAGCGCGAUUGCUGUGCCAGAAAAACAUGCCUUGACUGCAGCACAAGAUGGUGUCCUUCCACAGACAUCGGCCCCAGAUUCAGGGCAGCAAGAUGAGGCCUAAA